AUGCUGAUGACCACUUACCUUCUGUCCACCUGGAGAGAGGCUACACUGAACAUAGCCAUUAGCCUCAGUGGGUCUAAAAUUACCCUGGCAGACAGUAGUAGAGUGGUAGAGAUUAAAGGAGAGGAUGAGAAAGGGUGAAGGUGAAGAAAGAAAUCAAUGGGUCCGCUAAGGUCUUUACUGGAAUUGCUAUCAGUACAGCCAAGAAGACAGAAAGGAGUUUAAGUGACCAGAAUUAACUUAACUACCAGAGUUUAAAAGCAACACUUACACAGUACACCAACAUCCUGAAUACAAAUUCACAUUUUAGCAGACACUCUUACCCAGAGCGACUUACAGUUAGUGAGUGCAUACAUUUUUCAUACUGGCCCCCCGUGGGAAUCGAACCCACAACCCUGGCAUUGCAAGCGCCAUGCUCUACCAACUGAGCUACACGGGGCCCACAUGAACGUUGAUGUGUGCUGAAACAGGGAAUAGGGGUUGCAUGAAGAGAGCUCCUCUGGCUGACACAUGACUGUUGUGACUGUAGAGGCAGAGGCUGUCUCACCCUGUAAAUCUCUGGAUUUGUGGCGGCAGGUCUUGAAAUGGAUGUUACCAUAACUUAGCCUGUAUGAUCUCAACCCAGAGCUGUUUAAACUGACACUAAAUCACAGGUGAUGGCCUCACCCUAUUUCACUGAAUGGAUUGUUUAUUGAGAGCGUUAGAAGCUGAUAAAGAUAUAGUUCUGGCUUUAGAUCUCAGCUUUAUGCCCCCGUGUUUGAUUUUGAGGAUAUCUUACCAUAGACUUUACAGCCCUUUCCUCAAUAGAUAACAUAGAUGGUCAUAUAAUGAGAAUGAGGGUCCAUAGUCAUCCUUAUUAAAAAUAGGACUAUUUCCUAUAGGAAAGAACAACUAUGAAAAGCAAUCAGCCAGAGCAGCUAACCCUACAUUAUCCUGUCAAAUGUAAUAUCAAAAUGUAGAUUUCCACAUAAAUAGACAUAACCAAAAGUAAUUAUUUAUCAUGAGAGGGCCGUAAACAAUACCUAGUAAUGCUUAUACUGCCAGAAAGAUUAAAAAUCUCACCUUUCUGGUCAAAAUAGUUAUAAAUUGCUGAGGUGUAGUCACUUUUGAAGACACAAGCUCAAGUACAAAUAUGAAAAUAUGAAAAACCUUAUGAUUUCUUUCCUAUUCAACAAAAGUGGGGGAAUAGGGCUUGAAAUUAUUGAAAUGCUUUCUAGUUAUAUUUGUUUAUACUAAUACCUCAGAGAAAUAAAUGUGUUUAACAAGUAAUAAAAACAAAUUUGGUCCCAUAUUCCCAGCACGCAAUGACUACAUCAAGCUUGUGACUCUACAAACUUGUUGGAUAUAUUUUCAGUUAGCUUUGGUUGUGUUUCAGAUUAUUUUGUGCCCAAUAGAAAUUAAUGGUAAAUCAUGUAUUGUGUCAUUUUGUAGUCACUUUUAUUUUAAAUAAGAAUAUAAUAUGUUUCUAAAGAUUAAUGUGAAUGCUACCAUGAUUACAGAUAAUCCUGAUUGAAUCGUGAAUAAUGUUGAGUGAGAAAGUUACAAAGAUCAUAACCCCAAGACAUGCUAACAUCUCACCAUUACCAAUAACAGAGACGCCAUUGAAAUGGCUUGUCACGGUCGUCGUUAAUAGAGGAAGCGGACCAAAGCGCAGCGUGUCCAAGAAACAUGACUUUAUUGAAAUAACGUAACCAAACAAAAGACGACUCAAUGAAGUCCAACAGUAACACUGACUGAAAAGGAACAAAAACCCACAAACCAAGGAGAAACCACACAGUUUAAAUAUGGCUCCCAAUCAGAGAUAACGAGCCGACAGCUGACACUCGUUACCUCCGAUUGGGAGUCAUAUGACUAAUCAAGAACAAUCACCCAACAUAGAAAUGAACAACUAGAAUCCCCAACAUAGAAAUACACCCAAACAAUGAAAUUGAACAACCCUGGCUCAAUAAUCAAAGUCCAUGGAGCCAGAGUGUCACAGUACCCCCCCCUAAAGGUGCGCACUCCGGGCGCACCAGCAUACAGUCUAGGGGAGGGUCUGGGUGGGCGUCUGUCCAUGGUGGCGGCUCUGGCCCAGGUCGUGGUCCCCACCCCACCUUAGUCACUAUCCGCUUCCGUAGCCCCCUCCACCUGACCACCCCCCAAUUAAACCCCACUGGAUUAAGGGGCGGCACCGGACUAAGGGGCAGCACCGGACUAAGGGGCAGCACCGAACUAAGGGACAGUACCUGACUAAGGGGCAGCACCGGACUGAAUGGCGGAUCCUGGCUGGCUGGCUCUGGCGGAUCCUGGCUGGACGGCUCUGGCGGAUCCUGGCUGGACGGCUCUGGCGGAUCCUGGCUGGCGGAAGGCUCUGGCUGAUCCUGUCUGGCGGAAGGCUCUGGCUGAUCCUGUCUGGCGGAAGGCUCUGGCUGAUCCUGUCUGGCGGAAGGCUCUGGCUGAUCCUGUCUGGUGGAAGGCUCUGGCUGAUCCUGUCUGGCGGAAGGCUCUGGCUGCUCCUGUCUGGCGGAAGGCUCUGGCUGAUCCUGUCUGGCGGAAGGCUCUGGCUGCUCCUGUCUGGCGGAGAGCUCUAGCGGCUCCGGUCUGGCGGACGGCUCUGAAAGCUCAUGGCAGACGGGCGGCUUUGCAGGCUCAGUACAGACGGGCAGUUCCUGCGGCGCUUGGCAGACGGACAGUUCAGACGGCGUUGGGCAGACGGGCAGUUCAGACGGCGUUGGGCAGACGGACAGUUCAGGCCCCGUUGGGCAGACGGGCAGUUCAGACGGCGUUGGGCAGACGGACAGUUCAGACCCCGUUGGGCAGACGGCAGACUCUGGCCGUCUGAGGCGCAUCGUAGGCCUGGUGCGUGGUGCCGGAACUGGAGGUACCGGGCUGAGAACACGCAUCUCAGGGCUAGUGCGGGGAGAAGCAACAGGGCAUACUGGACCCUGGGGACGCACCGUAGGCCUGAUGCGUGGUGCCGGAACUGGAGGUACCGGGCUGAGGACACGCAUCUCAGGGCUAGUGCGGGGAGAAGCAACAGGGCAUGCUGGACCCUGGGAACGCACAUAAGGGCUAGUGCGGAGAGCCGGAACAGGGCAUGCUGGACCCUGGGGACUCACAUUAAGCCUAGUGCGGAGAGCAGCAACAGGACGCACAGGACUCGGGAGACACACAGGAGGCUUGGGGCGUGGUGUAGGCACUGGUGGGAAAGGGCUGGCGAUGCGCACCGUAUCCCUGGUGCGAGUGGCCGGAACAGGCCGGGCCGGGCUGGCGAAGCGCACCGUAUCCCUGGUGCGAGUGGCCGGAACAGGCCGGGCUGGGCUGGCGAAGCGCACCGUAUCCCUGGUGCGAGUGGCCGGAACAGGCCGGGCUGGGCUGGCGAAGCGCACCGUAUCCCUGGUGCGAGUGGCCGGAACAGGCCGGGCUGGGCUGGCGAAGCGCACCGUAUCCCUGGUGCGAGUGGCCGGAACAGGCCGGGCCGGGCUGGCGAAGCGCACCGUAUCCUUGGUGCGAGGGGUCGUAACAGGCCGGACCGUACUGGAGGCACACACCACUGGCUCUACCCCGGGAACUGGAACGGGCCGGACCGGACUGGAUACACACCUCAGUCUCUCACGCCGUGCCUCUACAUCUCCUUUCCCUACUUUGGCCAGUGACCCCCGUAACCUGGUUGCCUCUUGAAUUCGCCCCUUCUCUGCCUCCGUUAGCCCCUUCGUCCAAGCCAUGUGCCCCCCCCAAAAAACUUUUUGGGGUUGCCUCUCGUCCUUCCAACGAUGAUGGCCCUGCUGACGCCGUUGCUCCUCUCGCCGUCGUCUCUCCACCGUUUCGCUCCAUGGACGGCGAUCCAUCCCAUCCAGGAUCUCCUCCCAAGUCCAGGACCCCUUUCCAUCCAAAAUCUCCUCCCAUGUCCAGGAAGCCUUUGGAGCUGGGUCCUGUUGCCGCUUGACACGCUGCUUGGUCCUUUGAAGGUGGGUUUUUCUGUCACGGUCGUCGUUAAUAGAGGAAGCGGACCAAAGCGCAGCGUGUCCAAGAAACAUGACUUUAUUGAAAUAACGUAACCAAACAAAAGACGACUCAAUGAAGUCCAACAGUAACACUGACUGAAAAGGAACAAAAACCCACAAACCAAGGAGAAACCACACAGUUUAAAUAUGGCUCCCAAUCAGAGAUAACGAGCCGACAGCUGACACUCGUUACCUCCGAUUGGGAGUCAUAUGACUAAUCAAGAACAAUCACCCAACAUAGAAAUGAACAACUAGAAUCCCCAACAUAGAAAUACACCCAAACAAUGAAAUUGAACAACCCUGGCUCAAUAAUCAAAGUCCAUGGAGCCAGAGUGUCACAUGGCUGAUGACUCGAUAUAAUUUCAGCUUUACGCACGAAGUGAUUUCGUCCCUCUGUGACCAAGAGAAAGUGGUCUUGUUUCAAUUCAACUAAAUUAUUUUGUAUUUUUUCAUGUUGUGAGCUCUAAAUCCAUCUGAGAACAUUACAGUGAGAUGAGACUGCUUUAUCUGCAAUCGCUAGGCUCUCCGUUUCAUGUGCAGGAUUGCAAGCAGAGCUGUAAGGUUCACAGCCAGAGGAAAUCGAUCCUUUGUCUGGCUAUGCCAGAAAAUGUGUUGUUCCCUAUGCAAAUGAGGUGUCAGAUUUCACAUACUGCAUCUCAGCUGAGAGCGGAGAGCGGCAUGUGGAGAGGGACAACCAGAGUGUUCACGGAGUGCACAGCAAUUGAUGUUGCGCCGUUUACAGAGUCCUCUGUACACAUAAAUGUUGUCCAGAACCGGUCCAGAACCGCUCAAAGUCCCCUAAAUAAGGGACUUAACGUAUAUUAAACCAGCUAAUAUCUUUACAAAGGAGGGUCCAUUCUCAUUUAGGUUCCUGUGCUGCAGUAUCAAUUCCCUCUUGAUGGAAUGGAUAGAUGGAUAUCCCUCGCUCAUUUGCUGUUAAAUGAGACCUAAUACAGGAAAAGCUCAGUGUUCUUGAGAUGCAUCUUACUUAUUAUGCAGACAAAAGCUGCUUUGAAGUUCUUUGUUUUGUUUAUGUUGUAGAAACUGCCGGUCCAAGUAGAAUGAUACUGCUGGCCACAAGCAAAGUGGGUACAUUAAAUUAGAACAAGAGAGAAUACUUUUUGUUGUUUAUGUUAUUUUAUCUUUUCAUGGUAACGGGCAGUGAGAAAGGUUGGCUGUGCCCAUGAGUCCGAACCAAGCGGAGCCCUAGGCCUGUGGGUGGCUUUCUGCCCACCUUGCUGGGAGGCAUUGGAUUUGGAUGGCGGUCUGAGACCGACUCUGCUGCUCAGCCUCAUUAAAACAAUAGUACAGAGAAUAUUCCCCUACGCCACCCACACGCCCCGUCGCAGUCGAACUUCAACAGGCUCUUUCCUUCUUUAUUUCUCUCUCUCUCUCUCUCUCGCUCUUUCUCUGUACUCUCUUUUUCUCUCUUCCUACCCCCCCCCCCCCCCCCCAUUUGCUCUACUCCCCCCUCUAUCUCUCCUCUCUCUCUCUCCGCCCACACAGUGAGCUGAGAAAGCAGGAUGCUCCAGCAGGAACUGGGAAAUACCCACAUCCUCUGAGCCCUCAAGCUGCCAAAAUACAGCACAACACAAAACGAAAGUUGAUGCAUGGCUCUGUUGGCUCAGGAGGUGUAGCCUACAUCUUGCAGAUCUUGCACAAAGCAAAAGCCCCAGAGCCACUCUGCUGAGGAGAACUAGGGAGAGACAGAUGGGGCUCCCUGGCAUUUAGAGGGGAGAGUGAAGGAGCAACCAGUCAAUGCCAAUGAGGUUUAUUACCAUAUAGAGGAGUGGCAGAGUACACCUUAUAUUCCUAUGGGGAAAUCAGCUUGCCAUUCUAAUCCUUAGGGGUUAUUAGAGAGAAAAGGAUAGCAAAAUAAAAACAGAUCUUACAACAUACAGAGCAAAAUAACAAGAGAGCAGCCCAGACUGGGAAUGCAGAGGAAGGGAGAGUGGAAUGGAUGGUGAUCGAGGGAAGGAGGGAAAGCGAGAGUAGGAAGUAGAGAGAGGGAGUUGAAUUAUAGCCCACUCGAGGAAUCAAUAACCUCUCAAAUCUGAGCUCCAGUUAGCUGCUGCGGGCCUUUCCCUGGCUGCUCCAGAGCAGAUAGGCUGACAGAUGUGAGGACCACAGGCAGCCCAUUUAUGAAGCUCCUGCUCCCACACAACCUAGGAGCAGGAGGGGAGAGGAGAGGGGGUUCAAACCCCAGGAAAACAGGACUGUGACUAAGAGGAGAGGGAGGGACCUCAGGCUAAAGUGUACACGUCUGGAGUGUAACCUAGUACAUCCUCCCAGCGAACUACAGAAAUGCUGUAUUUAUAUGGAAAUCUCUCUCCAUGCCCACUUUGUCAUUGUCAAUUGUUUUAAAGACUUCCUCCCCCUGACUUCCUCCUACUGUAAUGUCCUGCUGGAGACUAGAGCAGGGAGCUCAACCCUCGCCCCAAAUCCAUAACAUAUUCUUCCAUGACACAUCUAGAGUCCUGCACUUCAGUGCCACCUCCGCACGGUACAGCUGCCUCAGAGCUUUCAAAUGAAUAUUUAAUCAGACUAUGGCAGGGAGCAGGUUUUUGUUUAGUGCCUCUAUUCUGUAUAGUCUCAGAGCUAGUGAGGGAUGUGAUGAUGCACCAUGACAGAGACAGAGGUCCAGUAGCACCACUCUUUGAACUCUCCAUACACUUUGAACUCUCCAUACACUUUGAACUCUCCAUACACUUUGAACUCUCCAUUUACUUUGAACUCUCCAUACAGUUUUAUUUUUUAUUUCACUAGUCCAGUCAUUUGAAGAUUGGUAUGAUCAUUAAAUGCCAUAUCCUUAAUUUGCCAUCACCACAGAUUCCAUCUUCUUUUAAAACAGAUUGCUCUUCUACUAUAUGCUGAGAUAGGGUUGAGUAAAUCACAUUGUCAGCAGUGCCAGUUUGAUGCCUCUUUGCCCACUGACAGCUCUGUGGAAAAGGGACAGUAUAGCCAAUGUCAGCCGUGCCCUGUGGAAAGUGACUUUUUGAAUUUUUUGGGCUGUUCUGAGGGAAGAAGGGAGGGUGGGAGAGAGGGAGAGAGAGAAACACACACUAAUACAUGACAUUCACCAAAAACACUUCUCAAAACAAUUCUCCCAAUUCUCUUACAUUCUGUUUUUAUUGCCUGGUUGCAGUGGGACCUCUGUUCCCGUGUCAUGUUAAACAACAUCCAUAGUCCCCCAUAACAGGGCUCUCUGUACAUCGAUAAAGACAGGCUCAUUAAGUUAAGAUCAUUUGUUUUCACACGCUAGAGGAUACCUAUCUGCCAAUAUAGGAUGCUUGGUCUCAGCUUCGUUAUCAUGUAUACUAAAUGGCUAUUCUGUGCUCUAGAGUCUGAGAACCAAAACAACUUGCAUACAAGAUUGGCUUUUCAAUUAUAUUCUUUGUGUAGUUUCUAACCGUCUCUGGUCUUUCCUUUCACAGUCUUAAAACCACACUGAAGAAGAAGCUGACCAACGACAUGGUCAACCUGUCUGGCAUCCCUCUGUCUGGCCGAGACGUCCACCGGGUGGCCUACUACCUCCAAAGUAACGGCGACUUUGUGUCGGCCGUGGACCUCAGCUUCACCGAGCUGCAGGACGAGAGCCUGCGUCUGCUGCUACCCCACCUGGGCUCCAUGCCCAAACUUACCACCCUGGCAAUCAACGGCAACCGUCUGACGGUGGGCGUGCUGAAGGACCUGAUGGAGAUGGUGAAGAACCCCCUGCAGUUCCCCAGCCUGGCCUGGGUGGACCUGGGCAACAACGUGGACAUCUUCACCGUGCCACAGCCUCUCCUAGUGGCCCUGCGCAGACGCUUCGGCCUCCGGAGCAGCCUGCCCACCAUCUAUGAGUACAGCGAGGUGCAGGUCUAUAGUAGUUAUACCCUGGAGACCUCUAUUGAAGAACCCAGCCUGUAUGAAGAGGAAGAGGGGGGAAAGAGGGAGGAGGAGGAGGAGGGGGAGGGGGAAGAGGAUGAGGAUAAACUGGAGCUGGAGGCGUGGGGUGUUGGGGGGAAGGUUAUAUCUACGAAUGUGGCUCUGCACUACUGUGAGAGGUGA